UGUAAACAUAUUUAAGAAAAUAAUGUAUGUGAAAUUCACCUUUUUUCAAAUCUCCUGUGACUGUUUUGUUAGCGAUAUUUACUAAAGAAGUAAAACGUCUGGAAGAAAUAAAUAUCUUGGAUAUCUGUAAUCUGAACUGUAAAGGAAUAUCCGAUAGUGCAUUUCGUGGAUUUAUUACAUGUACCAUAUUCAAAUAUGUAUCAAGAAUAGAUAUUGGUAUACUAGAAAUACAGCAUGAAUGUAUACGCUGAAAAUUCUGCUCCCCCACAUGGAUACUGGGUAGGACUGACAGAUGUCGUCAUACAAAAUGAAUGGACAUGGAUUGAAAGUGGGAGAGAAUUGUCCAACAUGUAUAGUCAUUGGGUGAAAGGACAACCAGAUUUCCGUCAGAGUGAAAACUGUGGAAUACUUUGGUACAGUACUGGAUUCACAUGGCAUGAUGACUUCUGUUCGGACAAGCUAGCCUUCUUCAUCUGUGAAAAAGUACUUCGUCCUAGUGGUACAGAGAUAAUUGGUUGAAAUAAACUUUGCAUGUUG